GUUUUAAGCGAUCAUCAUGAUCCUCCCAUUUCCUGGGAAAAUCAGGUUCUAAGCAAUCCUCGGAUCCCCCCUUUUUCUGUCAAAUAGGCUGUGUUUCUAAGGAGAUGUAUACCUCUCCUAAGAGUCUUACAAGUGUACUUGUAUUGAGGGUAAGUUCGGUCUUGCUUACCUUACGUUUUUGUAAGAUAUUCAUCAGCUGUCGCUUACCAAGAGAAGAAAUUUAAAGAGAAGAUGCAGAAUAUCCGUCAGCUAUGCCCUGAAGGUGCGCAGUGGCUUGAUCAACAUGACCUUGAAAUGUGGACGUUUCAUAAGGACGGAGGUACCAGAUGGGGUAUUGCCACAACGAACUCAAGCGAGAGUAUCAGCAACGUCUACAGGGAAUGUCGUGCACUCCCCAUCUCUGCAAUUGUUGAGAUGACAUUCUGGAAAAAAAACGGAUGGUUCGUCAACUGUCUCCACUGGUGUGAGAAGAGGGAGGCACAUGGUAAGGUACACUCCGAUCAUGCCACAAAAAUAAUGGAAAAAGAUAAUCGGAAGAGCUCUCGUCACAAAGUCACUGUUAUGAACCGAAAUGCUGGCGAGUAUUCGGUCGAGACUGGACACUGGGAGGAUGGGAGACGUGGGGGUCAUCGCCAUGAAGUCACCGUCAACUUUAGGACUAAAAAGGGGGAGUGCUCUUGUCAGAAGUAUCAGGGUAGAGGUAUACCAUGUUCCCAUUCAAUGGCUGUAAUAAAGCACAGGAGCAAAGUCCCUCGUCAUUUCGUCAGUCCGUUCUUCAACAUCGACUCAAAAAAGAGCAGUUAUCGUACUAGUUUCUAUGCAUUGCCGGAUGAAGCUUACUUGCCAGUUUAUGAGGGUAUGAUUAUCAUUCCACCAAUCGGUCUUAGGCGGGAAACAGGGCGCCCGCGGGUAAAAAGGAUUCCAAAUGAGAUGGAUCAAAGUGGAAGACCACCGCGAGGGCCAAGACGGUGUUCCAUAUGUAAAGUACCCAGGCAUGAUAAACGAAAAUGUCCCGGACCAAUUGGUCCUCAAAAUCCAGGGCCCGAUGUGGUGAACCCGGAUAAUGGUGCAUAGAUUGAUUUCAUGCAUUUCUUCCAUCUUUGUGUAUUAAUUUCAUGCAUUUGUUCCAUCUUUGUGCAUUUGUUCAAUGAUAACUCUACUUGUAUUUUGUGUGCUUAAAUGACAUUGGAGAUUUGCACAAUUAACAAACUUCGAUGCAAUGUUCCAUCUUUUUGAAUAAAACACAUCACGAACACAAACACACUACAUGAUGAACUAAAAAAUAACUUAAACUAAAAACAAAUUGCUCAACUUAAUUUAAAUAAAACAUAACUUGAAAUAAACACAACUUGUAACACUCAUGCAUUAUUUUGAUGAUUUGCCCUUUGUUUCCUUGUGCGAUGGGCGACUAGUCCACCGGGUGUAGCUGAGGGUGGAACUGGUGGCAUAUUCCUAUUCGUCGUAGAAGGGCGCUCGUCCGUGCUAUGCCGCCUCGAUGCCGUGGUAGGUGGCCCCUCCGUGUGCGGUCGAUGACUAUCCAUUCUCAUACGGUGGGGAGUGGACUGCCAUUGUUGUUGCCAUUGUUGUUGUGGUCGAUGCAAAGGUGAGAAGUCUUGGUGGGGACUUGAGUAUGAACCAUCGACCCAAGUAGCUGAGGACAUGGCGUCAUGAAAUGUACUUGGCCGUUGUUCAUACUGGAAACUGGGUUGUGCUUACGCUUGAUCACGCUCCGAACUUUCCUCCGUGAGGGGAAUGCCUCCGAACUCAGGGUUGUGCUUACACUUGAUCUCCGCUGUCAACCACGUGAUGGAUACUUGGCCCUUGGACAAUGGUGGAUGACCAUCCGCACCGUGAUCUCCCUUUUCUGGCGGACACAACCCGGUGACCGUCCAUAUAAAAUGCUGCCAACCACUCAUAUUGGCAACAACUUUAGGUGGUGGCGUAGAGUCCACACAAAUAACAUCACCAUCGAUGGGAAAAUUGGUUAGGAUGGCGAUGUCCUUAAGUGAUGGUGCACUCGCCUUCACGAAAAUUGAAGUAGUGUGUGUUCUUUCGCCAUCUCUCUACCAAUGUUGUGAUGAGUUGGAGGUCGAUCUUGAUUCCAUUAAAAUGCCUAAUCGAAUCCAAUCUUGCCCUUUUUAGAAAGGGCAAGAUGACAUCGUUCCAUUCAAGCACGUUCGUCGUGCCCCCUAUAGAGGACUAUAUGGUAUGCAUCCUAGAGAAGAAUUUAACUUUCACUAUAAGUUGUUGAUUUAUACAUAUAUAAAUAUAUUAUAAGAUGCAAUAUUAAUUAAAUCAAGGUUGUUUUAGAGAAAUAUAGAUUAUCUAAUAAACAUUAAUUUUAACA